CUUAUGUCCUCCGUCAGUCUUGCUCUUCUUUCCCCUUUUCCAUUUCUUUAUCCUCUAUUCUUAUCAUUUCUCUUCAUCGCCUGUGGCUAUGGAGAUUAUGGCUCAGGACAACGCACGGUGCGUUAAGUAACUGGCUUUUACUAGAAAAUACUAUUUUUGGUCGUUUUGACGGUGGAGAUAAAGGGUUCCAUAGCUUACAAAAGGAUUCUGGAGAUUAUAUUCCAAAGUCCGGUAUACUCCUUUCCCCGUAAAUUGAUGGUCAAAUUGGAAGCUUGAUGUCAAUGGUCUUCCGUCUGUGAAGGUAUAUGAGUAUGGACAACAUAUUGAGAAACUAAUCUCUUAAUGGGUUGUCCUGGGAAACUAAUUCAUUCAGAAAUCCUCCCUUAAUGGGUUGUCCGGGUAAACUAAUUACUCGUGUAUCAGGUGUCCCAGUGAAAAUGAUGAACGUCAGAGGCCUUGCAGACCUGAAGAAGAAAAAACCCUCCAAGGGCCCGAGGGGGACGGACGCCGGUGUCCCAAAACCCGCCGGUGACUUCUUCAAAAAACCGGAGGGGCCGUCGGUUGGCCCAAGUGCUGAUGCUGCCGCUGCCGCCAAAAGGAAGGGCUCGGGCAGAGAUCCCGAGGGCAAGAAGCCCAAGACGGGGGAUGCCGGGAAGAAAGUCCCCCCGGUGAUCAUUGUUGAUGAAGGCCCUGCCUCCGGGGCGAAUGAGGACACGCAGGUGGCGAAGGUGCCGCCGGGAGUUCAGGGGCCAUCUUCCGAGGUCCUCAUGGUUUCCCUCCCGGCUGGUACGGCCGUGAUGAAUGGUACGGCCGACCCGAGGGCGCUUCUGAGAGGCAUCACCCUCGAGAUUGACAGAGUAGCCCUCGGGGCUGAUGAAGACGAAGCCCUCGAGGACAGGAUCCUCCGGUCUUCCCUCACAACCUGCAUUGCCCUCGGGGAGCAAGCCCGACGGCUAGAUGAGUGGCGCCUUCGCAAGGCCGAGCAGGAGGCCAAGAUGCGGGAGCUCAUCCGCCAGAAUGCAGACGCUGUUCGACAGAUGGCUAUGCUGGAGGAGAGCCUUCGGCAGAUGACCCUGCGGGCGGAGGCCGCAGAUCGGGGUAGGGCAGAAGCCGAGAGGUCCGCAGCUGAGGCCUUGGAGAGAGCUGUCAAGGAAGCCGAGGCCGCGAAGGUGGAAGCCGUCGAGAGAGCCCGAGGGGACGCAAUCUCGGGGUUCCUGGCAGGGGGGUGGCGGUCCGAGGAGCACAAGCAAUGGCUGUCCUCGGUCGUCGAGUCCUCGGUCGACGAGUGGUGUGACGGGCCUGGCGUGGAGUGGGUUUCCCGAAAGGGUAAACAAUACUAUGAUGGGGGCGAGUUUUUCACUCAAGCCCUCAUCUACCGGAGGAUGGCUCGCCACUUAAAGAUCGAGCCAAAAGACUUUGACCCAGCAGCAUACGGGCUCCCCCCUGCAGCCAGACAUCCGCGUUCCUCUUCCCCCCGAUGUCGAGAGGCCAGACCUGGAGGACUCUGAGCUCAUGAAGGAAGCCGAGGGCGACGAACCCGAGGCCGACGCAGAAGUCACCUCGAAGCCAUCGGGGGAGGCGGCCCCCGGGAAUGACAUGAUUUGAUAUGUAUUUUGUAUUAUGUAAACAUGUAUUUGUAAUGGUGACAUUAUCCUUCGGCUUCGGCCUGCUUGUAACAUUUAGUCGUAUUACAUUUGCCCUCUGUUUGUUGAUGAUUGAAUGAUUGCCUCCGGGCUGUGUUUAUAUGAUUUGUUUUCUCCAAUUCCUUUCUUCUUGAAUGCA